UGCUGCAGUGUUGUAGCCUGCUGUACUUUGCGUAGUCAAAAUGCGUAAAAUAAAGAUUUCCACUGGGAGUCACUAUUAUCAUGCAGUUGCCUGUUGACCCUUCUUUUCUGUGUUUAGUUGGGUGACGAAAACAAUCUUCCGUUGACGAAAGGUUUACUAUCACAUCCUUGAAGCGUGGGUGGGGCAAUGUGAACACAUCUCCUACCAUAUGUGUUUGCAGUAACUGAAUGUUUCCUCGCUGUCAUUUGAAUAAGUCUACGCUGCUUGAGGAAUGGUCAUGGGGCCAGACGAUAAAAUAUGUUAUCACUCUUUCGCUGUAACACAACACGUGUUGUCCGGGAAUCCCACCACAUCCGCGGUUAUGUUUGCCACCGGAGUUAUAGGCAACUUGUUAGCUUUGGUGUUCUUGGCGAUGCGGUGUAAAAGGCAAAGUCUGUCUCUGUUCUACGUACUGGUAACAGCGCUUCUAAUGAAGGAUUUACUGGGGACCCUGUCAGUCAGUCCUCUCGUGUUGACUUCUUAUGCAACGAAUACGACCUUGAAGGGAAUGAAGAAUGGCGAACAACUGUGCACAUAUUUCGGAUUCAGUAUGACAUUUUUGAGCCUUGCUACUUUGGGCACGGUGUGCGCCAUGGCGCAGGAGCGAUACCUCGCCAUUGGUCAUCCCUACUUUCACGAGCGGCAUUUAAACAACCGCUGUGGCUACUUCACCAUUCCUGUUAUCUACCUCUGCUGCAUUAUUUUUUGCGUGACACCUUUCGUGGGAUUUGGAUCCUACGUACAGUAUUGUCCGGGGACGUGGUGCUUCCUUGACAUGAACCCAAAAGAUCUUAGGGGUAAAGUAUACGCUGGCCUUUAUGCCACUAUUACCCUCGUUAUGAUUUCGGGCACUGUACUUUGUAAUAUAAGUGUCAUUUACCACCUCGUUAAGAUGCGCCAGAGGCGCAGAGCGCGCGGGCAGGGAUCCAGACAGAAGCGGUUCUACCAGCGGUCGCUGUCUCUGACCGAGGAAGUUGAACAUCUGCUGCUUUUGAGUUUCAUCACUGUGGUUUUUUGCAUAUGCUCAUUCCCUUUAGUGCUCAGAGUGUAUUUCAACUUAACAACCAGAGCGGAGGAGAAACACUACGCCGAUCUAGCUGCUCUACGUAUGCUGUCAUUCAACUCCAUAAUCGAUCCUUGGGUCUUCAUCAUAUUCAAUCCUUCAGUGCUGCGGUUCUUCUGGAGGCAACUACGAAGACCCAGAGCCCUCCAGCCCUCCGAGAUAAAGGCUUGCCCCAUUCAGCCUAAGCUGGUCAACUCGAGCUCCUCAACCAUGGAGACAGCAAACAUGAACGCAGACCUGCGUCAUGACCCUUGAGCAGGAUUAUCAGUGGGGUCCUCUGGAGGGGCGUUGUUAGACCCUUUUUACUGGAGCACGUGCCCCUGUAUAAAUCUGCUGUUCCCCAGUAAAAUCAAAAGUUUGAGGUUUAACAAUUUACUUCAUUAGUCAGUGCAUUCAUUUAGAUUAAUAAUCCCAGAAAAAAUUAACGCAGUAGGCUACUGCUCAACGCUUGUAAAAUCAAAGCAGUUUAACCAAAAACACAAACCGAUACUUGCAGAAUUCCAUGUCACUGCGCUCU